CUGUGGAAGCGACGGGCUGGCUCAGCAGCCAUUGAUGCGCUUUAUUUUCCAAGAGGACAAACCGACAUUAAUUCUUCCAUAUUUUUGGUUUUCUGUGAGCCGGAGCCAUGGUUUCUCACUCUCUCGCGCUGCCCAUGAUCUGCUUCACCACGCUGUGGGCCCUGGUGGGCGUCGUGGCUCCGUUUCUAGUGCCUAAAGGACCCAACCGGGGUGUGAUUGUCACCAGUCUCAUCCUCACAGCGGUCUGCUGUUACUUGUUUUGGUUGAUAGCCAUUCUGGCCCAAGCCAACCCUCUGUUUGGCCCGCAGCUGAAGAAUGAAACUAUAUGGUAUCUGCGCUACUUCUGGGAGUAAACAAGGACUGUGUGACGUGCUGCCUCUCAUCAUUCCUGUCUCGUGGUUGGCUGGACUUUAUUUCAACAUAACUCCUAACCCCCCC